CCUUCUCUUAACCUGCCGGGAGUUCGUAGAGCGGGGAGGCGGGCCCAGCGCGCGCAAGCCGGGCUCACAGCACCGCUCCUGGCUAUGCUGCACCUAUGGAUGUCAGUUGUAGCAGCCGGGGUGCUGGCAGUGCCAGCCCUGGGGGCAGGUGGGAAGAGGCGGGGUGCAACUUGGGUUUGGUCCGUUGCGCCUAACGUGGUGCUAGUCGCGAGCGACUCCUUCGAUGGAAGGCUAACAUUUUAUCCACAAAAUCAGGUAGUGAAACUUCCUUUUAUCAACUUCAUGAAAGCACAUGGUACUUCGUUUGUGAAUGCCUACACAAACUCUCCAAUCUGUUGCCCAUCACGUGCAGCAAUGUGGAGUGGCCUUUUCACACACUUAACAGAAUCUUGGAAUAAUUUUAAGGGCCUAGAUCCAAAUCAUAAGACAUGGAUGGAUGUCAUGGAGCAGCAUGGCUACCAAACACAAAAAUUUGGCAAACUGGACUAUACUUCAGGACAUCACUCUGUUAGCAAUCGUGUGGAAGCAUGGACAAGAGAUGUUGCUUUCUUACUCAGACAGGAAGGGAGGCCUAUGAUUAAUCUUGUCCCUAAAAAAUCAAAAGUAAGAGUAAUGGAAGAGGACUGGAAGAAUACAGACAGAGCAGUAAAUUGGUUAAGACAGAAAGCAAUUAAUUACACUCAACCAUUCGCUUUAUACUUGGGGUUAAAUUUACCACACCCUUACCCUUCUCCAUCUUCAGGAGAAAAUUUUGGAUCUUCAACAUUUUACACAUCUCUUUACUGGCUUAAAAAGGUAUCUUAUGAUGCCAUCAAGAUCCCAAAAUGGUUACCCCUGUCAGAAAUGCACCCUGUAGAUUAUUACUCUUCUUAUACAAAAAACUGCACUGGGAAGUUUACAAAAAGAGAAAUUAAGAAUAUUAGAGCAUUUUAUUAUGCUAUGUGUGCUGAGACAGAUGCCAUGCUCGGUAAAAUUAUUUCAGCUCUUCGCCAUUUAGAUCUUCUUCAGAAAACUAUUGUCAUAUACACUUCAGACCAUGGUGAACUGGCCAUGGAACAUCGUCAGUUUUAUAAAAUGAGUAUGUAUGAAGCUAGUGCCCAUGUUCCACUCUUAAUAAUGGGACCAGGAAUUAAGGCCAAUAUACAAGUAUCAAAUAUGGUGUCUCUUGUGGAUAUUUAUCCUACUAUGCUUGACAUUGCUGGGAUUCCUCUGCCUCAGAAUCUGAGUGGGUAUUCCUUGUUGCCAUUAUCAUCGGAAACCUUUAAGAAUGAACAUAAAUCCCACGCUCUUCAUCCACCCUGGAUUCUGAGUGAAUUCCAUGGGUGCAAUGUGAAUGCCUCCACCUACAUGCUUCGAACCAGCCAGUGGAAAUAUAUAGCCUACGCUGAUGGUGUUUCAGUCUUGCCUCAACUCUUUGAUCUUUCCUUAGAUCCAGAUGAACUAACAAAUAUUGCUGCAAAAUUUCCAGAAAUUACCUAUUCUUUGGAUCAGAAACUUCGCUCCAUUAUAAACUACCCUCAAGUUUCUGCCUCUGUUCACCAAUACAAUAAAGAACAGUUUAUCAAGUGGAAACAAAGUGUUGGGAAAAACUACUCAAAUGUUAUAGCAAAUCUUAGGUGGCAUCAGGACUGGCUAAAAAAACCAAGGAAGUAUGAAGGUGCAAUAGAUCAAUGGCUGAAAGAACUUACUAAUCCAAAAGAAAAUUUGAACAAAAAUAAGAAAAUGUUCUAGAGCUCAUGUUAAAAGAUUAUGAUCAAUUAUGUGUUUUAAAUAGUCACUUUAAUAAUUAC